UCUCUCGCUCGUUUUCGUUCCAUUCCUGCGCCUUUCCUUUCCGUUCGGCUACCAAUACUAGCAUAACCAAAACGAAUAUUCUGUCUUUCCAUCGCCUUCAAUGUAGUGGCCAGUGCUAGCAAACUUGCAUGUUCAGUUUUUCAAUAACAACAUUCAAACAAUAUUUUCAAAGAAUGUUACAGAUUUGAAAAGAAGGAAGGAAAAUAUUUUCACAAAUUUAAAUUCUUUUGUGUUAUUUGUUAGCGCUGAUAAAGGCUAUUUAGUUUGCUACUAGCAAGGAGCUGCACAAACAAAUCGAUUUAUGCAGUUAAUCAACGGAGGCUGCCAAAAAGUUCGAAUAAAAGCAUGCGACUAGUGUACUUUGCACGUUCUAUAUUUUAUCAAUACUAGAGAGGAUCGAUAAAAUAAUUCAAAGUGUAAUAGCAACAUGCAAUUGUGGCAACACUGGCCAUGAGAUGGUGGGGGAACAUGCACAUUCGUUUAAGUUAUGAUGGUAUUAGCAGCAGAAAGGAAUGGAAAAGCAGUGCACGAAAACGAGCGAGAGAGGAUAAUUUAAAUUCUCUUUCUUUCGUUCCACACAUCGUAAUCCCGAAUACGGAAAACGCCCACUACGACCCGGAAUGCAACCAGGAUGAUGUCCCUGUGUGGGUAGAUGGAACCGAAGGGUUUUUAGUGACCGAAUUUUGUCGAGUACGCAACUGUUCACUCGAGCUCUACAUUGAUGAAAUCGAAUUAUGGGGAGAUAUCUACGAGAAUCGCACGGGUUCUGGAAUAAUGUAUGCCAUCGCUACGCGUCAAACAGAUAUUGUUCUAUCUGGACUGUACUACUGGAUAGGUCCGUACCGGUGGGGUUCUUACACGGCUCAGCUCACCAGAGCGGAAGUGACGGUUCUUGUGCCGAAACCGUUACAACUCGCCCCUUGGAAGACACCGUUUCUUCCAUUUACAGGAUUUCUCUGGAUAGCGGUUGGUGUGGCGUUCAUGGUCGGAGCAUUUGCCGUGUGGUUGAUUGAGAAUGGCCGAGUUCGAAUAUUAAAUUCACCAAAUGCGCAAGCAAAAACAUUAAGCGAUUCUCUUCUAACCCUCAUGGGAUUCUACAUGGAACAAAGUACAAAUAUGCGAAACGAUCUGAUGUGCUGCAUCUUUCUCUUCACAUCUCUACUACUGGCGGGCUUUAUGGUAGGUAACUUGUACGGGGCCGGUCUGGCUGGUGUAAUGACGAUCCCUCAAUACGAACGACCCAUCGAUACUACGGUUGACCUAGCGAAUAGUGGAAUGUUAUUCGCCGCAACUGCUAUCAAUUGGAUUUAUUCUUUCUUAGAAUCUACCGAGCCGCAUUUGAUCACACUAACCCAUAAUUUUCGAGUCCUCGAUAAUGAACAAUUAAUUAAACAUAGCAAGACUCGUGAUUUGGGAUUCAUCGGCGAAUUUACGGAAUUUGGACAUUUCACGCCAACCGACUACCUUGAUACGGAAUCGUCGUCGAUGCUGCGGAUACUAAACGAUGAUCAGUUCUGGGAGAGUACUACAGCUAUUGUUACGAAAACUAGCCCAUUUUUGCAAAGUUUCAACGAUCUGGUGAUGAAUGUGAGGCAGUCGGGAAUCCAACAUUUUGUGGAGAAUCGUGUGGCAGCUAAAUAUAUGGAUCUAAACGUGCAAGAGAAUAUACGACACAGCAGACAGACGAGCUCGGAGAAAGAAUCCGUUGUUCUUACAGUGUCACACUUUCUAGGAGCUUUUCUUAUGUUGGCACUCGGAUUUUCAUUGGCUUCUGUCGCCUUCGCUGCGGAAUGUCUUUUUGAACCGAUCGCACGGAUAUGGUCGUUAUUCACGGCAAACAACAUAGCUGACCUGCAGGAAAUUCUGAUAAUAAUACUAAACGAAGAAUACGAAGAACCCUUUGAACUGUACACAACGAACAUCUUCGGGAACGGUUCUAGAGGGGUGACUGUGGUGCAAAUUCGACCGAUCACGGGUUCAGAUUAUUUCCCGGAUAAAUCCAAAAAUCUACAACAGAUUCCUCUUAAGUUCAGUACAAUGUGGUAUCCUCCAUACAUUUCAUUCGAAGAAACGACACCGGAUAUGGCGAACGCCCGGUACGAUUCGGCCUACAAAGUACAAGAUGCUCCGGCUCCAUCUGUUUCGCCCGUGGUAACAUUACUCAACUAUAUCGCGCUCACCUAUUUGUCCGAUUACUACGCUAUAUGUCUCAUCAAAACUACACCCGAUUACAUUGCGUUCAGUACCGCUGUUCCAACGAUGAUCAUAAACGUCGAUCAGGAAUUCAACGAAACAUUUCUAAGAGCAAUCGAGGCCGGCUGUCAGGCAUACCUGGUGUCCGAUGAUGCACUUCUAUCGUUUCUGGAUGUGUUCAUCACAGUACACGAUGCUGCCGAUCAACGGUCAUCCAACAAGCUGUUGAUCACUGUAAUGAAUUCAAACAAUUUGUCAACGCUGACUCCUGUGAAAGAUCACCCCAAUAUUGUGGAGCUACCCGAUGUGAUGUUUAUCAUGCCGAAUGUUGAAGAUGGAUCGUUUGAGCUUUACACAACGGAGCUCUCGAACAACGGAACACGGGGUACCGUUGAGGUGAUCAUUCGACCCAUCCAUCCGCCGGAUUAUUUUCCGAAUAAAUUUCUUGAUAUGAGAGGAAUACCAAUUCGACUGUGUACGUUAAUGUACCCGCCGUACGUGUACUACAAAGAAGUGAAGGAAGCGAGUGAAGCGAAUGCCCGAUAUGACCCUGCAUUCAAGAAGGAGGAUAUUCCACUGUUUUUUGAUGGAACCGAGGCUACAUUGAUACUGGAAUUUUGCAUUAGACAUAACUGUACAAUUGAAGCUUCAUUUGAUGAAGUAAACGUUUGGGGUGAAGUUUUCGAUAAUCAUACCGGUACUGGGCUGCUAGGAGCCGUCAUUGAACGACGAGCAGAUAUUGCGGUGGCUGCCAUCUAUUAUUGGCGUCAACCGUAUAAGUUCGGAACUUACACACAACCGGUCAGCCGUUCCGGUAUUACUGUUCUUGUGCCUAAACCACGCAUGCUACCACCCUGGAGAACUCCUUUCCUUUCGUUUACCGGCUAUCUAUGGCUAGCGGUAUUUGUAGCGUUCUGCGUAGGGGCCAUAGCUGUGUGGUUGAUCGAAAUUGGUCGCUACAAGCUACUUCAGCCUCCAAAUGAGAUGCCGAUAACGAUUAGCGAUGCUAUGUUGACAAUGAUUGGCUUCUACAUGGAGCAAAGUGCUCGUAUGCGUACGGAUAUGGUAUCGUGUGUAUUUCUGUUUACAUCAUUGCUGUUCGCUGGUUUCAUGGUAGGUAAUAGCUACGGGGGAGGUUUAGCCGGAGUGAUGACGAUACCUCAGUACGAAAAACCCAUCGAUACAGCCGUAGAUUUGGCCGACAGUGGAAUGCUGUAUGCAGGUGGUGCCCUAUCAUGGAUUUUCUCAAUAAUACCUGCACCGCAGCCAUAUAUGAAAAAGCUAGUGAAAAAUUAUCGGGUUGUCGAAGAAGAAUACCUAUAUCGGCACACCAAAACACACGAUCUGGGAUUUGUUGGGGAGCGUACCGAAUUCAACCAUUUUGUUCCAUCGGAUUUCGUCGAUAAUGAGGCAUCCACUAUGUUGCAACUUCUCAAAGAUGAUUUAUACUGGGAGACUGUUGUAGCGUUGGUGACCAAAACGAGUCCCUUUCGCCAAGAGUUCAAUAAUCUUCUGAUGCAGGUGAAGCAAUCCGGUAUCCAACAUUUUUGGGAGCUGAGGUCGGCUAACCGUUACCUACGAACGACUGUCCAACUUAAUAUUUGGAAUGCUCGCUCAGCUGGUUCUGGAGACGAGGUGAUCAAGCUAACCAUUUCGCACUUCUUAGGAGCAUACCUGAUACUAGCGAUUGGUCUUGGUUUGGGGGCACUGACAUUUGCUGUGGAAGUUUGUCGUUUUCGUGUUAAGAAUGGCAAACGAAGUAAAGCUUAGAUUUUGUAACAACAGCAAAAGUAUUAUUUUUCUCAUACUCUUUACGAAUAACCAUCAAAAAGCCAAAUGCAAUUUUUUUAGUUAAGAGUAAUAUAUUGAGGAAGGACUUGUCCACACAUAAAGAAGGUAUCAUGAAAUCUUUAUUUAAUAAUUUUACAAACACGAAAAGGCAAGACGAGCUUAACAUCAUGCACAUAUACUGAUGUGUUGUAUAUAUGCAUGUUGUAUAUAUGCAUGGACCCAUAAAAACUGUUGUCCGCAUAAAAACCAUGAAACUUUUGAGCUUCGCACAAAUUCUACACUAACUUACGAAAUCUGCACAAUAAA